CUAAAGCGCCCUGGGAGAGAAACACUCAGACCAGAACCAGGACCGGUCCUGAUGGGACCAGAGCCCCGCCAGCCUCGGUCCUGACCCCCCGUAGAGGCGGCAUGGAGCCCCGCGGCCCCGGCAGGAGGUGACGGGACGACCAGAGAAGAUGAGGCUGCCGGUUCUACUGCUGCCGCUGAUCAGUGCGGCGUUCACGGCCGCCCGGUCCCUGAACGCACCACGGGAUGGAAUCACGGCCGCCCGGUCCCUGAACGCACCACGGGACGGACGGACCGACGGGACCGUGACGGGUGUGGACGGCCGGCGGUUCCGUCCCUUCCUGGAGAAAACUCGUCCCUUCAUCCUGGUGGACGGACAGAGACGGAGCCUCGCUGACGCCCUGCAGGACGGACACCCGGACCGGCUGCAGGGGGGUCUGGAGGUCGGGGGACGCGUCUUCCUGCUGGACCUGGAGAAGAACCACAACCUGCUGCCCAAACCGCCCAACAUCUUCUACUACCUGCCCAACGGAACCGCCGUGUCGCUGGCGGCCCCCGCCGUGACUCACUGCUAUUACCACGGCAACAUCCGAGGACUCCCGCACUCCAGGGUGGCCCUGAGCACCUGCUCCGGCCUCCGGGGCAUCAUCGUCCUCAACUCCACCCUGAGCUUCGAGGUGCAGCCGCAGGAGGGCGACCCCCACCCCGACCCCCACCCGCCCCAGGAGGAGGAGGUGGGGGGGGGCAGCGGCAGCGGCAGUGGAGCUGGGGGGGGCGAUGAGGAGGAGGGCGUCCAUCUGCUGUUCUCCACCAGCCCUCUGGAGGGCGACGGAGUCGGAGGCUGCGGGGUGUCGCACACCCCCAUCCCCCCCAUCCACAGGGACACCCACACCCACCGGGUGAGACAUGACACCCACACCCACCGGGUGAGACAUGACACCCACACCCACCGGACCAAGAGAGACAUCCUGUCUGAGACCAAGUACAUCGAGCUGGUGCUGGUGGCCGAUCACCAGGAGUUCCUGAACUACCAGAAGAACAACAAGACCAUCAUCUACCGCAUGCUGGACGUGGCCAACCAGGUGGACGGGUUCUACCGGCCUCUGAACGUGCGCGUGGCUCUGACCGGGCUGGAGAUCUGGAGCGACCGGAACCAGAUCCAGGUGGAGAAGAACCCGACCGACACCCUCAACAACUUCCUGGAGUGGCGGACGCGGGAGCUGCUGCCGCGCCUGCGCCACGACAACGCCCAGCUGGUCAUGGGCGGCUCCUUCGACGGCACCACGGUGGGGAUGGCGUCCCAGUCCUCCAUGUGCUCCAGGGACCGGUCCGGCGGCGUCAACGUGGACCACCUGGUCAGCGUUCUGGGCGUGGCCUCCACCAUCGCCCACGAGCUGGGACACAACCUGGGGAUGAGACACGACACGGCCGAGCGGCGCUGCUCCUGCCAGAACGAGCCGCGGCUGGGAGGAUGCAUCAUGGAGCCGUCCACCGGGUUCAUGCCGGGCCAGCAGUUCAGCAGCUGCAGUGCUGCAGAUCUGUCCGUCAGUCUGCUGCACGGAGGAGGGAUGUGUCUGUUCAACGUCCCCCAGCCGGACUCUCUGCUGGGGGGGCCGCGCUGUGGAAACCUGUACGUGGAGACGGGGGAGAGCUGCGACUGCGGCCUGCUGGAGGAGUGCCAGGACCCGUGCUGCAACGCCUCCACCUGCCAGCUGGUCCCCGGGGCCCAGUGCUCGUCCGACGGCAUCUGCUGCGGGGACUGCAAGCUCCGCCCGGCCGGGGCCGUGUGCCGGGACCCGCUGGGCGAGUGCGACCUGCCGGAGUUCUGCACGGGCUCGUCGCCCUACUGCCCCCCCAACGUGUUCCUGCAGAACGGAGAGCGCUGCGACGACGGCUCCUCCCACUGCUACGGGGGCGUCUGCGCCAACAUGGACGCCCAGUGCCAGACGCUGUGGGGCCCCAACGCCACCGCCGCGCCGGCCGUCUGCUUCUCCUCGGUCAACAAGCAGGGCAACAAGUACGGGAACUGUGGCCAGCGGCCCAACGGCUCCUACGUGCCCUGCAGCUCCCCGAACGUGCGCUGCGGCAGGAUCCAGUGCCGGGGCGGGCGAGAGCGCCCCCUGCUGGGCAGCAACGCCCAGAUUCUCACCACCACCGUGCGCUUCAACGACAGCGACCUGGUCUGCAGGGGAACCUUCUUCCACCUGGGGGACGACGUGUCGGACCCGGCCAGCGUGGCGCAGGGCACGGCCUGCGGGCCCGGCAAGGCCUGUCUGGACCAGAAGUGCCAGGACGUUUCCGUGUUCGGAGUGGAGGAUUGUCGCAGGAAAUGCAACGGUCACGGGGUGUGCAACAGCAACAGGAACUGCCACUGUGAGCCGGGCUGGGCUCCGCCCGACUGCCGGUUCUCGGGUCACGGCGGCAGCGUGGACAGUGGACCCGCCACGGCGGCCGGAGAGUCCGACCCGGUCCGCGUGGCCCUGCUGGUGAUCUUCUUCUUCAUCGUGCCCGUGGUCCUCCUCUUCCUCGCCCUGCGGUUCCCCCGGUUCCGGAGGAGUCUCUGCUGCCACGGAGCCACCGGCCCGUUCUACAAGAACCGCCAGCACAACCGUGUGUCUGACUGUGAGAUGUGGGGUCUGGAGUUUGAAUCCGCCCGAGUCAGCAGGACCCCGGUGACGGAGCGGGUGGACGGCAGGAACGGGGAGCAAGUCCGGCCUCUCAGAUACCACCUGAACCCGCAACCAGACAUCCUGCUGACGGGGCAGAAGGAGCUGCUGGGGAGUCGUCCAGCUCCGCCCAGCAAGCCCCUCCCCCCCGACCCCGUCUCACCUGCUCAGGUGUCCGUUCCCCUCAAGCCGCUGGUUCCUAGGAAGCCCCGCCCCCCGGCCCCGGCCCCGCCCAAGCAGCCUCACCUGCCCCCCCACCCGGGGCUGCCCCCCCACCUGGGCCCCGCCCCCAGCAGCAGCAAGCCGGCUCCGCCCGCCGUGGUGGCCCCCGCCGCCGUGGCGCCCGUCGCCAUGGCGACCGCCUCCGCCGCCGGCCCCCACAGGAGAGCAGCUCCUCUCCGGCCGACCCGGCCCGCGGUGCCGCCCAAGCUGGACCCGGCCGCUCCGCUCUGACCGGUCCCGGUGGGCCGGACCCGGGCUGACCCGGGCUGACCCGGACCCGGGCCCCCACGUAGACGUAAGUUAUCUCAGUGCCUUGCUUGGCAGCGCCUCGGCAGAAACCCUCCGGAUUCCAACCUGCAACCCUGCGCUGCUGCCGGGCCGAGCUGGUGCCGCCCCGGUGCCGCCAGAGCCCAGUGCCUUGCUCCAAGACCGGUCCGGUCCGGUCCCUCUGGGGUCAGAGGUCAAACUUCUUCCAGGACUUUAGUCCUCAGGACCGGGAAGUGGACGGUUCUAUUCCCACCUGGAGGACAGAUGGACGUCUGGACGGCUUACCGGGUCGGACGGAUCGGUGGAGACCCGACCGGACCGGACCGGAGGCCGUGUUCCCCCCGAGAGACCGUUCUGGGAUUUUCACAAUAAAAGUUGUGAUUUUUGGGAAUAAAAACAGAAUUUCAAAGUAAAAGUUCAACAUUAAAAUCUUAGUAAUAACUGAUCUGUUUGGAGGCGGAGCCUCGUUGACGGGCCGGUCCAUCCAUCCUUUAACUCUGGGUAAUUAAUCAGGGUUCCUACGGGGGCUUGAAAUCCUUGAAAGUGCUGGAAUUUCAAUGUUGUGUUUUCAUGGCCUGAAAAGUGCUGGAAUU